AUGAAGCGUAAAGCCGAACCCCAAGCUGUAGACCACAAGCCCACCAAGAAGAAGUCUAAGACUUCUCUCAGCGACGAGGACGCAAAGAAACGUUUCAGGAAGGGGCUUUUUGACAAGAAAGUCCUCGACGGCUACACACGUGGAUACGCCGAAUCGUCACCCUAUAAGCACAGCGUCAUCCACGAGCUGAUCGACGACAAACUCCUGCGCGCUGUCCGCGAAGAGGUCAAGGACAAUGUCUCUUUCACCCCCAAGGAGACCGACAUCUACAAGAUCCACCAGUCCGGCGACCUGGCCAACCUCGACGGUCUCGAUGACGAAGCCCUGUCCAAGCUGCCGUCACUGCUCGCCCUUCGAGACGCCAUGUACUCCCAGUCCUUCCGAGACUACGUCGCCCACAUCACCGGCAGCGGCCCCCUGAGCGGCAGGAAGACGGACAUGGCUAUCAACGUGUACACCCCCGGCUGCUACCUGCUGUGCCACGACGACGUCAUCGGCAGCCGGAAGGUCAGCUAUAUCCUGUACCUGACGGAUCCUGACAUACCCUGGAAGGCCGAAUGGGGCGGUGCGCUGAGGCUAUUCCCGGCGCAGACCCUCGAGGGAAAGGACGGCCAGAUCGCAAAGACACCCGUCGCCGACGUGACGAAGGUAAUACCGCCGGCCUGGAACCAGCUGAGCUUCUUCGCCGUGCAGCCGGGCGAGAGUUUCCACGACGUCGAGGAGGUGUACCACGCCGAGACGAAGAAGCAACUCGAGAAGCAGGGCGGGCGCAUACGCAUGGCCAUCAGCGGCUGGUUCCACGUCCCGCAGUUGGGCGAGGAAGGCUACGUCGAGGGCGCCGAGGAGCGCAACGCCAAGAACAGCAGUCUGAUGCAGCUGCAAGGCAACCCGGACCAGUACGACGCGCCGCAGCCGAAGCCAGUCACUGUUAAAGAGUUGGAGUCUGGCUCGCAGGAGGACGAGUUCGACGAGGCCGACCUCGAGUUCCUACUCCAGUUCAUGGCCCCCACCUACCUUACCCCUGACACUCUCGAGCAGGUCUCCGAACACUUCGACGAGGACUCUAGCAUCACGCUGCCUAACUUGCUUGGGAAUAAGUUCUCCAAACGCCUGCGGGACUACGUCUCCGCCGAGGAGAGCAAAUCGCUGCCGGAAACCAGCACCGAGAUAGAAAAGGCAUCACCCUGGCGCGUUGCCAAGCCCCCGCACAAGCAUCGAUACAUGUACUUGCAAGCGCAACCACAGACGAAUGGGUCCUCAUCCAAGAAAGGGAAGGAGGCAGAUUCGCCAAUCCGCGAGCUCAUCGAGGACUUCUUGCCGAGCCCGCAGUUCCGGCGCUGGCUGCAGAUGGCGACGGGCUGCGCAGUCGAGAGCCACGACUUCAUCGCGCGGCGCUUCCGGCGCGGCAAGGACUACACCCUCGCGACGGGCCACGAGGGCAAGCCGCGGCUCGAGCUGAACCUGGGGAUCACGCCGACGACCGGCUGGGGGGACGAGGAGGAAGAGGAAGCAGACGAAGGGACUGCCGAAGCGGAAGAGGAAACCCAGACGAAUGGGAAGAGUAAGAGCAAAGGUAAAAGUAAAGGAAAGACCAACGGCAGCUCCAAGAAACAGCAAGCAAAAGAAGAACCAGAAGGCGAAGAAGUCGGCGGCCACGAGGUCUACAUGGCAGGCGACGACCCGGACGCGGUGGCGGCCGAGGACGCCGCCGUCUACAAAUCUGGCGGCAGCGGCGAGGACGACAACAUCCUGUUCUUCCAGGCACCCGCGUGGAACCGCAUGAGCAUCGUGCUGCGCGACAGUGGCGUGCUGAAGUUCGUCAAGUACGUCAGCCGGCGCGCGCCGGGCGACCGGUGGGAUGUGUGCGGCUCGUUCGAGGUCGAGGAGCAGGAAGAUGACGAUGAUGACGAUGAUGACGAUGAAGAAGAGGGCGAGAGCAGUGGUCAGCAGCCCGAUGAGGGUGGUGUGCAGACGAGAGAUCAGGUGCUCCUCGAAGAUACUGAGGAGGAGUGGAAUGGGUUCUCGUCUUCGUCGGAUAGUGACUCUGAGUAG